GGGGGCCCGGGCGCCCUGGAGUGAGGGGGGCCGGGAAGGGCUUCCGGAGCCUGGGCCCAAGCUGGGAGGCGACGCCCGAGAGGACGAAGCCGCGGCGGGGAGCGGAGGACAUUUGGAAAGUGCUCAGGGAUUUUGAUUCCAAAGAACUAUGAUCUGAGACAAAAAUGGAGUCAACAAAAGUACACAUAAAAAUGUUUGAGAAUGUGAAAGGCAACAAUAAAGAAAGUGAAAUUUAUCAUUGGAUCUUUCGAAGAUGGUUUGGCUGCCUUGGAGAUUUGGAGAUCUGAGGCCACGAUGAGGACUCACACACGGGGAGCUCCCAGUGUGUUUUUCAUAUAUUUGUUUUGCUUUGUGUCAGCCUACGUCACCGACAAGAACCCAGAAGUCAUGAUUCCCUUUACGAAUGCCAACUAUGACAGCCAUCCAAUGCUGUACUUCUCCAGGGCGGAGGUGGCCAAGCUCCAGCUCAGAGCUGCCAGCUCCCACGAGCACAUUGCCGCCCGGCUCACUGAGGCCGUGCACAUCAUGCUGUCCAGCCCCUUGGAGUACCUCCCUCCCUGGGAUCCCAAGGAGUACAGCGCCCGCUGGAAUGAAAUUUAUGGCAACAACUUGGGGGCCUUGGCCAUGUUCUGCGUGCUGUAUCCUGAGAACAUUGAAGCCCGAGAUAUGGCCAAAGACUACAUGGAGAGGAUGGCAGCUCAGCCUAGUUGGUUGGUGAAAGAUGCUCCUUGGGAUGAAGUCCCGCUUGCUCACUCCCUGGUUGGUUUUGCCACUGCCUAUGACUUCUUGUACAACUACCUGAGCAAGACACAACAGGAGAGGUUUCUUGAAGUGAUUGCCAAUGCCUCGGGAUAUAUGUAUGAAACUUCAUACAGGAGAGGGUGGGGAUUUCAAUACCUGCACAAUCAUCAGCCCACCAACUGCAUGGCCUUGCUCACAGGAAGCCUGGUCCUGAUGAAUCAAGGGUAUCUUCAAGAAGCUUACUUAUGGACCAAACAAGUUCUGACCAUCAUGGAGAAGUCUCUUGUCUUGCUCCGAGAGGUGACAGACGGCUCCCUCUAUGAAGGAGUUGCAUAUGGCAGCUACACCACUAGAUCACUCUUCCAGUAUAUGUUUCUUGUUCAGAGGCACUUUGACAUCAACCACUUUGGCCACCCAUGGCUUAAACAACACUUUGCAUUUAUGUAUAGAACCAUCCUGCCAGGGUUUCAAAGAACUGUGGCUAUUGCAGACUCAAAUUACAACUGGUUUUAUGGUCCAGAAAGCCAAUUAGUGUUCCUGGAUAAAUUUGUCAUGCGUAACGGCAGUGGUAACUGGUUGGCUGACCAGAUCAGAAGGAACCGUGUGAUGGAAGGUCCAGGGACGCCUUCCAAAGGGCAGCGCUGGUGUACGCUUCACACAGAAUUUCUCUGGUAUGAUGCCAGCUUGAAAUCUGUCCCCCCUCCAGAUUUUGGCACCCCAGCAUUGCAUUAUUUUGAAGACUGGGGUGUUGUGACUUAUGGAAGUGCGCAGCCUGCAGAAAUCAAUAGAUCUUUCCUUUCCUUCAAGUCAGGAAAACUUGGGGGACGUGCAAUAUAUGACAUUGUCCACAGAAACAAAUACAAAGACUGGAUCAAAGGCUGGAGAAAUUUUAAUGCAGGGCAUGAACAUCCUGAUCAAAACUCCUUUACUUUUGCUCCCAACGGUGUGCCUUUCAUUACUGAGGCUCUCUAUGGGCCAAAGUAUACCUUCUUCAACAAUGUUUUGAUGUUUUCCCCAGCUGUGUCCAAGAGCUGCUUUUCUCCCUGGGAAGGUCAGGUCACAGAAGACUGUUCAUCAAAAUGGUCUAAAUACAAGCAUGACCUGGCAGCUAGCUGUCAGGGGAGAGUUGUUGCUGCAAUGGAGAAAAAUGGGGUGGUUUUCAUCCGAGGAGAGGGUGUGGGCGCUUACAACCCCCAGCUCCAUCUGAAGAACGUUCAGAGGAAUCUGAUCCUCCUGCAUCCACAGCUUCUCCUCCUCGUGGAUCAGAUACACCUGGGAGAGGACAGCCCCUUGGAGACAGCAGCAGGCUUCUUCCACAAUGUGGAUUUUUCUUUUGAGGAGACAGUGGUCGAUGGGGUCCAUGGGGCUUUCAUCAGGCAGCGAGAUGGGCUCUAUAAAAUGUACUGGAUGGAUGAUACUGGCUACAGUGAGAAAGGAACCUUUGCUUCAGUGACAUACCCUCGGGGCUAUCCCUACAAUGGGACCAACUAUGUGAAUGUCACCACACACCUCCGAAGUCCCAUCACCAGGGCAGCUUACCUCUUCAUAGGACCCUCCAUAGACGUUCAGAGCUUCAGCAUCCAUGGAGACUCUCAGCAACUGGAUGUGUUCAUAGCCACCGGUGAGCAUGCCUACGCCACUUACCUGUGGACAGGUGAGACUACAGAACAGUUGGCCUUGGCACAGGUCAUUGCCGACCGUCAGAAAAUUCUGUUUGACUGGAGUUCAGCCAUCAAGAGCACCAUUGUCCCUGAGGUGAAGGACUACGCCGCUAUUGUGGAACAGAACCUGCAGCGUUUUAAGCCAGUGUUCCAGCUGCUGGAGAAGCAGAUCCUGUCCCGAGUCCGGAACACAGCCAGCUUUAGGAAGACUGCUGAGCGCCUGCUGAGAUUUUCAGAUAAGAGACAGACUGAGGAGGCCAUCGACAGGAUUUUUGCCAUAUCACAGCAACAGCAGCAGCAGCAGCAAAGCAAGUCCAAGAAAAACCGAAGGGGAGGCAAGCGCUAUAAAUUUGUGGAUGCCGUCCCUGAUAUUUUUGCACAGAUUGAAGUCAAUGAAAAAAAGAUUCGACAGAAAGCUCAGAUUUUGGCACAGAAAGAACUGCCCAUAGAUGAAGAUGAAGAAAUGAAAGACCUUUUAGAUUUUGCAGAUGUAACAUAUGAGAAACACAAAAAUGGUGAUUUGAUGAAAGGCCGGUUUGGACAGGCUCGGAUGGUGACGACGACUCGCAGCAGAGCCCCAGCACUGUCUGCUUCGUAUACCAGGCUGUUCCUGAUUCUGAACAUCGCUAUUUUCUUUGUCAUGUUGGCAAUGCAACUGACUUAUUUCCAGAGGGCCCAGAGCCUACAUGGCCAAAGAUGUCUUUAUGCAGUCCUUCUAAUAGAUAGCUGUAUUUUAUUAUGGUUGUACUCUUCUUGUUCCCAAUCACAGUGUUAGCACUGAAGCUAUAAAUUGCUUGAUCAUUUUGUGGUCACAAGUCUGUGCAAAAAAUAAAAUCAUUGCCCUUGUUUGUUA